AUUUCCUUUAGGGCCACAGAAUAUUCGUUUCUAUUUGUCAAUUCGUUGGACACAUUGCUAUCAAACCAAACAAACGCCGUUAACUUUAACUUACAUUUUAAUGACAGUAUAUCAUCUGAUGAGUGGAAAUGGUCGCAAUAUAUUAUGGAUAAUAAUCACACCAAUCCUUUUAAUGUGUGGUCUCAACACAAUUGUCCCGAUUAUCCAACAGAACAACUAUUUGCACAAAUGAGAGAACAAGAGGAGCCCUAUAUUGAAACAAUAUUUGGAGCCAUACUUUUGAUAUUGCAUUUCCUGAUAACAGACAUUAGGGCUAUAUAUGUGACAAACAAUUCAGUUGUACUCAAUUGGCAAACACCUAACACCAGGAUCCGAGUGAUCGACUUCUGGGGCCGAAAAAUCACGCGAAGAGCGGAUCCGUUGUUGUUGUGUGCGUUGCGAAGGAGUGGACAAUCUGUGGCAAUGGUAGUGAGUAGUGAUCAACCCGUGGCUGACGUUGUCUUUCUGGUGGAAGCGACCGCUAAUCUCAGCCCUUAUGUCGAAAGCCUUAAAACUAAUUAUAUUAUUCCCACUCUUGAG